UCAUAUUCAAACUGGGUUCAGGGACAGUUUCCUGCAGCUCUGCUCUCAGAUCCACCAUGAAGCUGUAUGCGAUCGCCUUCCAGUGUGCUCUGUUCACACUGGUUGAACAGGCAACUCGGCAUGAUAGCUGUGUGUGUGAGUUGACAAAUUCAGAGCAGAGAUUCCCUCAUGACAAACUCAGCACAGUGGAAGACAAUGCAUCAGAAUGCAAUAGCAACAUCACCUCACAGAAGACCAUGGAGCUGGAGAGUCUGCUGCUGGGUUUGGAGCGACGCCUGCCCCAGCUGCAGGAAGAUGUGGCAAUACUCGAGAGGGAGAAUGAUGGAGAACUUUAUGGAGCUCUCAGCCUGCAGGUGAUAGAGAAUGAAAUGAGGGAUAUCAUGCAGCUCAUCGAGAAGCUCAACAGCACCACCCUGGGACACCAGCGACUCAUAAGUGACACCACCCAAAAGGUCGAGGACCUCAAAGCCGAGAUGGAACAGCUGGAAAAGUAUGACACCAUGCAGGUGGUGAAGAGACAAGAAGCUAGCAAGCUUCUGCAAAGGGAACUGGGCCAGUGCUUGAAAGGACUUUACCCCACCAGCCAACCGACUCAGCCUCCACAUGGUGGCUGUCCCCAUGGUCAGUUUGUGAACAUCACUGAGCCCGAUGUGAACACACUAUCAGAGUAUGGUAACUCCCACAAGUAUGGAGCCUGGGGUCAGGAUCCCAAACCGGAGGCAGGGAAGGAGAGAUGGUAUUGGCUGGUAGUGAUGACUUCCGGCAACAGAUACUCAAACUAUGUCCGUCGCUACUCCAGCAAGAGCUCUCUCAUUGCUGGGGUGAGCGUCCCAGGUAAUGUCCAGAUCCACUCCACUAACCCAACCACCAACACUAUCCAGGGUCCUAAUGUGGUUAUGUAUGGAGAGGCCCUGUACUACAACUGUUACAACCAAGAUGCUGUUUGUCGAUUCAACCUCACCACCAAAACGGUUACCACCUUACAACUACCUAAAGGCACCAGAUUUAACUCAAAGGGUAACUUCUGCCAUCUUGAGGAAUGCUACCCAUUCACUGACAUGGACCUGGCAACAGAUGAGUCUGGUGUAUGGGUGAUCUACACCACCACCCAGGACUUUGGCAACCUGGUGCUGUCCAAGGUGGAGGAGGGUGAACCGCUGAGUCUUGGCCAAACCUGGCACACCUCGGUCUACAAGCAGGCAGUGACCAACACCUUCAUGGCUUGUGGCGUGCUCUAUGCCACACGAUAUGUCAACAAGGGCACAGAGGAGAUCUUCUAUUCUUUUGACACUGCGACAGGGGCAGAGAGGUUCAACAUCGGCAUCUUCAUCUUCAAGAUGGCUCCCAACAUUUAUGCCCUGAAUUACAGCCCUGUGGACCAGAUGCUUCACGCCUAUAGUGAUGCCUACAUGGUCUCGUAUAAGGUUUUGUUUGAGUAAUGCUGACAACAUUUUCCAUAAA